CACUGGGUGUAGCUCAAGAUAACAUGCGUCUCCGGACAGCAUAGUGUCACCUCGGCAGUUUGUUUUUGGUAGGACACGGCCUUAAACCAAUAACUUGUUUAUAAUUACAAUUUGCCACCGUAAUAAUUCAUCGCUUCUGUUCGGUAAAGGAAGAGCUACCAUUUGACGUCCGUCAGAGCCCAGUCGCUAGAUCAUAAUUUUUUACCUGAAUUUUUUAGAUGGACGAGCGCAAAAAAGAUAAGGACUCCCAGCGGCUGGUGGCGCGGGGCACAAAAGCGCCCGAUGGCCAAGCAAGCCCAGUUACAUUGCUGACGAUUGCUUUAGCUGGCGGCAUCGGCUACUUCGCGUGGCGGUUUUGGAACAAAUGGCAAGAAGGGAGCGCGAAACGGGAGCCUGCUAGUACCGCUGGGUCAUCAUCCGUCGCCGAGGCCACGUCUCCAAAAAGCAAGAACGGCGGUAGUUCGUUUUGCUUUGACAAGCAGCCACAGACUAGCGGCAGCGCCAGCACCAGCGGCCGCACCCCGGCACCCCCACCCAACAACCGGCAAAGCAGGUCCAGACAAGAGAAACCCAAGUCCCAGAAGCAGCUGCGGAAGGAAGCCAAGGAAGCCAAAAAGGCGGCGAAGGAGCAAGCCACCCGUGACGCCGCGAACGCCCAG